AUGUUUGGAAAUAGUUCCAAGCUAAAGCGAAAGAGUACUGAUGACUCCAUAUUUGGUAAUAAAAGCAAUUCAUCCAUAUUUGGUGAAGAUGACCGAAAGUCGUCAUCGUCGCUGGAAAGAACUUAUAAAAAAGUUAAAAAGUCAAAGAACUAUUACAAAAAGAAUGCCAUACAGUCUUCACCAGAUCCAAAAGCAGCUAAAUCUCAUAAUUACAAUAGAUACGAAUUGACUUCAAAACUGGAUGCAUCGGACGAUGAUUUUGAUAAUGGGAUCAUAAAUAUCAGUAAAUUACAAGAUGCAUCCGUUAAGAGCAAAGAUAUAAAGACUACCAAGGAUGAUCAUAAAAUUUUAGAAGAAUUGAGUGAUGAUGAUGAUGAUGAUGAUUCUGCUGCAGAAUUAUCUCAUUACGAAGGGUUUGCUUUAAAGGUUGCCAAUGGUAAUAUUUUAGAGGAAUUGUCGAAAGACAACCUGUCAAAGAUAAAGGAUGUGAAGAAAGAAUAUGCUAAGUAUAAUUUUCCUAAGUUAACAACGUCGAAGAGAAAACUACUUAAGAAAUGUGAGAAGUACAUGGAUAUAAUUCCUAAGAUCUUAAAAGGCAAGGAAUCCACAUCAGACUUUUAUGAACUUGCAAAGAAGCAAAGACAAUCAUCUCCUCAUGAAACCAUGGCAGUAGGAGAAAAGUGGGAGAUCAAAUGGAAAGAUUAUUAUGGUGGUUAUUAUGGUUUUAAGAGACAGCUGAUAAUAGGGGAUGCUAUUUCAACCAGGUUUGAAAAAGAGUUAAAAUCAGCUGAGAAGAAGAAUAAGACACUUUCAUAUUGGACCAUAACUGGAUUCUGUACAUAUAUCUUGGCCAAUGAGUUAAUCAUUAGAUUGGCCAUGGAAGAUCUAGAUGUCAACUUCAACAAAGCAGAAUCAAUCAUAAAGAAAAGUGUCGAAUAUGGUAUAGUUGUAAGUGAUUCUAGAGAAGUUAAAGAUGAUAUAGAUCAUACCACAGAUCAAGCAAAAGAAUUUAUGAAAGAGUUUUCCCCUGAAUUGGACGAUGAGCUGCCAGAUCCAAGUCCUAAGAAAUCAAGAAAGGAUAUACUCCAAGUAGUUUUAGAGGAUAAUUAG